CCCCUCCCCUCCCCUCCGCCUUCUAGCUGGCUCCCUCCAGUCCUCAGGCCCCAGCCGCCGCCGGAUCGCGCACGGCCGCCUCCCGCCCGCCGCACCAGCUACCGCGUAAAGGCAAAUAAUCACGUGAUGGAAGCUAGUCGAAUCUGAUUUUGUUUAUGCACAAGUAACAUCAAUGCCACCAAACAAAUUUUCCUCGAUGGAUGUUGGAGCUGGUUCUGAUGAUGAAGAUGAUAGUUCCAGCAAUUCACUGCAAGAGUUGUGGCCAGUUGGCACGAUAGACCCUAAGAGAGCAAGAUUUCCUUGUUGCAUUGUCUGGACUCCUCUUCCUAUUGUUUCGUGGCUUGCUCCUUAUAUAGGGCAUGCUGGAAUAUGUCAGGAGGAUGGGACUGUCUUGGAUUUUGCUGGUUCAAAUUUGGUGAGCAUGGAUAAUUUUGCAUAUGGUUCUAUUGCGAGAUACCUCCAGCUUGACAGAAAGAAGUGCUGCUUUCCUGUUAAUCUCGCGGCGCAUGUAUGUGAGCGGUCCUACAAGCAUGCAGAAGCAGGAACGGCGAUCUCCUGGGACGACGCCCUGCAAUCGGGCAUGAGGCAUUUCCAGCACAAGUUCUAUAAUCUGUUCACGUGCAAUUGCUACUCGUUUGUGGCGAACUGCUUGAAUCGGCUUGCCUACAGUGGCUCCGUGAAGUGGAAUGUGUUGACUGUGGCCGCUCUUGUUUGGUUGCAUGGCCAAUGGGUGGACAAAAUGUCCGUUGUUCGUUCAUUCUUUCCUUUCCUUACUGUGACAUGCAUCGGCAUUUUAAUGGCUGGCUGGCCUUUCCUAAUAGGAAUGGCAGCCUUCUCUACUCUCUUGAUUGGAUGGUUUGUAUUUGGUGUAUACUGUAUGAAGGGUCUAGUAUGCUAAUUAAUUGGUUUAGAGAACAAUGGAACUGAAUCCCUUGAGGAAUUAUGGAACGAACCAAGAACUGACUGAA